AUGAAUGGAGCGCAAGCGAGAAUAUGGACUGACAAAUGGAUUACUAACAUAAAAGGAGGUGCUUUGUGUCCUGCUCCGAGUGCCUUUAUGGAUAGAAAUGCUACUGUAGAAACUAUUAUUGAUUGGAAUUCAAGAACGUGGAAACUGGAUUUAAUCCGGCCUCUAUUAUCGACUGAAGAGGCUUUGGCCAUUCAACGGAUCCCUAUCGAAAGCAGCUUGGAGGUGGAUCGCUUGGUGUGGCCGGAUGAGAAAAAUGGAAAAUACUCGCAAACCCUCAAGGCCAUUUUCGACCAGGUAAAUGAAAGAUUCUCUCUAAAGCACUUAAUCACCUUUUCCACCACAAGAUCAGUUCAUCCCUCUACCCAAGCUUCUUGGGCAGCCCCUUCUAAGCCUUUUGUCAAAAUAAAUGUUGAUGCCGCUUGGAGGAAAAGCACUUGUCGUGCGGGGGCUGGCAUAAUUAUUCGAAAUUUUGAAGGGAGAUUUCUUGGGGCCAAAUCUGUGGAUUUUCAAGCGGAGAAUGCUCUUAUAGCUGAGGCAACUGCGUUAUGGGAGGACUACAAAUUUGCUAAGGAGCGUGGUCACAACAUGGUUUGUUUCGAGUCAGACUCUUUAGAGCUUAUCAAAAGUGUUCGUGACUCUUUUGGUCGAGGGAGUUGGACUUUGUACCCAAUUCUUACCCUCAUCCGUGAUGAGCAACGAUAUUUUGAAGGGUGCAAGUGGAAUUGGACCACCAGGAAUUGUAAUCAAGCGGCGGAUCAUCUUGCGUUGCUGGCACUAUCGAGGAGGAGUAUGGAAGUUUGGGUUGAAUGA